AAACUAGAGGCUUGGAGGAUAGCGAAAGUGACGGAUGGACCAAGAGAAAGACAACGAAAACGUGAUCAGGGAAGAUAUGUUGAAAGUAGCGCUAAGGUGACAGAACAAGAGAUGGCUUAUGAGAAAACAGAAUUUCUGAUUACAGAAGUACAGGAGCAGCUCUUAAAAGCAAGAUUUCCCCAUCUUGGAAAUAAAAUGCUUGUAAAACAUGGACCACUGGACACAGACGUUGCAGGAAUGACAACUAACAUCACCUUAAAAAAUCAUUGCCUUGCCUUGCCCGUGUGUUGUCGCCGAAAACGUUCCUGAAAUUGGUUUGGUGCUCAUUUCAGAUUUCCCCAGAUUGAUUUGGAGCAUUUGAACACAUUUCCAACGAUGUCAGUGUUUACCACACUGGAAUCUUUUAUAAUUAUCCGAGCACGGAUGACUGCUUCGUGUCUUUUGGAUGACAAUAAGGAAUACGCUUUUCCUCAAAAUGAAAAGUGGAGGGUUCAGUCUGCGGUUCACAUCCUCUGUUAAUUCAAAUGGAGAGGGAGUCGGUUGCUAUCUUUGGUUAUCUAGCUGUAUAAGUGUUAAUCAGCCGUCAUAAAGCUAGAUAACCGAAAGUAGAAAUGACUUCUAAACCUACCUACUUCAAAGCGAACGGAAGAACAGACCAUGGAGAGAAAUGUAAAAAAAAAAAAACAUCAUGAAAAUACGGACAGUAAGCAUGCGGUUAUGUGUGCUAUAAAGCAACAGCUAGAGGGAAGGACGCCCAGGCCAUGAACAAGCAGUACAGCCGGAAGAUCUCUGCGCUGGAGGGGGAGGCGGAGCAGGCGCGGGCGGAGCUGCUGGAGGCGCAGCGGCAGCUGCAGGACCUGGAGGUGCAGGAGCCCCGCGACCCGGCCGAGCGCUCCAAGGCGCAGGAGUGCCGCAGGAAGAUCGCGGCUGCGCAGAGCAAAGUGCAGGUGCUGAAGCAGAAGCAGCGGGACACGGCGCAGCUGGCCUCGCUGUCGGUACAGAGCGAGCGGCGGGUGCUGGAGCUGGAGAGGAACGUGCAGAGCAUGCGGCAGCAGCAGGACCUGCUCCAGCGCCGCCUCCGCCAGGAGAGCCAGCAGAAGCGCCGGCUGGAGAGCGAGAUGCAGAGGGGCAAGCACCGCGUCAAGGCCCUGAACAAAGACCUGCUGGUGCUGACGGGGCGCAUCGAGUCGCUGGAGCGGGAGCUGAGCGAGCGGAACGGGCAGCUGCGCAGCUCCAGCGCGCAGGACUCGCAGCAGCUGCGCCAGGAGAUCUCCAACCUGCGGCAGGAGAAGGACCUGCUCCUCAAGCAGCGGGCCGAGCUGGACGACAAGCUGCGGCAGGGCAGCCUGCUGUCCCCCGAGGAGGAGCGCACGCUGUUCCAGCUGGACGAGGCCAUCGAGGCCCUGGACGCGGCCAUCGAGUACAAGAACGAGGCCAUCACGCAGAGGCAGAGGCAGCUGCGCGCCUCGGCCAGCAUGCUGUCCCAGUGGGAGAUGAACCUGAUGGCCAAGCUCAGCUACCUGUCCGCGUCCGAGACCCGUGCCCUGCUCUGCAAGUACUUUGAUAAGAACAAAUGGACGAGGGUCUGGCCGGUAGGCAGCGGCAGUACGAGGGCUGGAUCCACAACCUGGGCAAGGAGCUGAGCCACUGCAAGUGGGCCAACCAGGAGCUGAGCAAUAAACUGAGGGAACUGUGCGCUCAGGCCAGCCAGUCCACGGAACAGAAAGCGCUGACCUGCGAGGGCAGAGGAGCGGGGGGCGGCACUGAGCGAACGCAGGCCAGAGGGCCCGAGGACGGCGUGGGGAAGCGCGCGGCGGAGGCGGAGAGGGCGGAGCGGGCGGCCAGGUCCCCGGAGGAGCUGCG